UGGGGUGGAUUUGAAUUAGAUACCCAAAUGUUCUCUGAAAUGCAAAAGCUGGGCUUUUUCUGUGCAUUACCUAUGGACCCUACAGAGACUUACAUGGAAUGUAGAAGAGUUUAAAUAGAAUCUAUUUUUUUUAAUUUGUCCGUUACACACAAUACACAUAUAAUACAACAAUAUAUUUUCAAAUUUUUUUUAAACUGCUGAACGCACCCAAAAGCGUGGAUUCAAUAUGUAUCUACAGCAUCAAUAUGAUUGGCUGACAAACUCCCUUAAAAAAUAAAAAUAAAACCGUUGUGUGAGCCCUAAAAAAAAAAAAAAAUAAAAAACAAAAAAAAAACGUUCCUUUAUCCUAUCUUCCAAUUUUUUUUUUUUUUUAUUUUAAACAGUAUACAGCAGGAUUAAGGCAAACCCCAUUAAUUUUAUAAUUCAACAAGUUGUAAAAUGAUGGACCUUGAUUCAAAAGAAACUGCAACUGCUGCUUUCAUCACUUGGAUCAAUACGUUUGGUGCAGUCACUCAUAAAGUAAACUACAUUCAAGAAUUAGCAGAUGGUAUCACACUGUUUGAAGUACUUGCCGACAUUGAUUCAAGAUAUUUCAAGUUAAUUCGUUCAGCAGAUGUGGGAAGUAACUGGGUGCUCAAGAAUGCCAACCUAAAGAAACUCUACAAAUUAAUAUCUCGUUAUUUUGAAGAUAUGCUUAGUUUAGACUUUUCCAAAUUACCCGUAGUGGAUUUAGCAGCCAUUGCAAAGGAUUCCAACAGCCAAGAUAUCCUGUUACUGUGUAAAUUGAUUUUAUACAUUGCUGUUCACUGUCCUGAUAACGAGAGUUAUAUUCAGGUGAUUCAAAAUGAAUUAUUACCUCAACAACAAGAAUACAUUAUGAUAUCCAUUGACCAAGUGAUGAAACUUGUGAAUACUGACUCCCAAAUGAUCAUGGACGAUGAUUCUUACGUAGAAGAUGGCACGUAUCGAAGUCAAAGUGAAUUAGCCAGAGUGUCCAAGGAAAAGGAAGAGCUUGAAAUUCAAAAUAAGCAAUUGAUUGAAAAGCACUCAUCUCUUUUGAAUAAAUAUGACAAAUUGGAAAAUGACAAACAAGAUUUACAGGACAGAUUAAGACACAUGGAUAAUGCUGCAGCACAAGCCAAUAAAAGUGGAAAGACUGAGUUUGUUGCUAGAACUGAAUUUAAUUUUGCAAAACAAGACCUAGUGAAGAUCUUCGUCAAGAGCAAGAAUCUAAAAUUGAGGACCAAAAUGUACAAAUUAAGCAAUUGACGAUACGUAACGAACAACUUUUAAAGCACGAAGAAGAAGCGGCGAAAUUGAAGGAUCGAUUGGAUGAAUAUAAACAUACAGCUGAACGACUUCAAAAGG